AUGCCACGGUUAGAGCUUUGCGCUGCCCGUCUGGGAAGUCAAUUGAUAGAUACGAUUCUUCAGACGACCACAUUCGCUGGAACCCCAAUUUUGUGGUCCGAUUCAACCAGUGUUCUGCACUGGAUUCGCUCACCCCCGUCGAAGUGGAAGAUAUUCGUAUCCAACCGUAUUGCCGAGAUUCAUCGACUUACCCAAGACUCCCAGUGGCGGUAUGUUCCUACAGCACUCAAUCCUGCCGACUGCUUAUCGAGAGGACUCCAGCCCGAUGAACUUCAACAUAAUACUCUUUGGUGGCACGGGCCACCGUUUCUGCUUCUCGACCGUGAACACUGGCCUAAGCAAACUGCUACGCUUUCAUCGAUGGCAUCGGAACAAUUAACUUUGGAGCGUAAGGCAACCACUGUGUUAGCAGCGUUCACUACUGAUCAGUGCUUAAUAGAAAGAUUUUCGGACCUGGCUCGCUUACUCAAGGUUACUUCGUACUGUCGCCGAUUCUUGCGUAACUGUAAAUCGAAUACGAAAUACAGGCUUACCGGUGCUCUAUCGCCGAACGAAUAUGAUGAGGCGUUCAAAUCGUUAGUUCGUGUUGUUCAACGAGCAUCCUUUCCCAGUGAAAUUCAUUAUCUCGAGGGGAAAGGUCAUGGUGAAACCUCUCUCAAGAAAGCCAAUCUCAAGUCACCACUCAACAGUUACGACCUCAUGCUCGACCCAGAAGGGACAUUGCGGAUCCAAGAUCCAUCCAUCAUCAAACACUACACACUGGACCUGCACAAUUACUAUCAAUCAUUCGCCAGCGAUUCUGGCCUGCACGUGGAAGAGAACUCGCACGUAGAACAGUGCACCAAUGUUUGA